AUAUUCCUUUCAUUUAAUUCGAAAACUGCGCGUUCUGACACGCGGUACAAUACCGGCAGUAUUAUUGGUGGCACGUGCUCGCUAAUUUAGUGAUUAUACUUAGUGUUGUUGUUUUCAUUUUUUGCGUCUACUUUCUCAGAAAGAUGUCCUGUGACUGUCCGCUGACUCAACCAGGCCCAACUUUGGCAGCGACAUGUGGUGGUGUCCAAUUCAUGCUCUUUAUGGGCUUGCUGGAAGUCUUCCUCCGGUCUCAAUGUGAUAUAGAAGAUCCCUGUAAUAGAGCAAAACCUCCUCCUUUAUUUCACGAAUAUGAUUUUAUUGUCGUAGGAGGUGGAAGCUCAGGUGCAGUAGUAGCUAGUAGAUUAUCUGAAAUUCCGGAAUGGAACGUUUUAUUGAUAGAAGCAGGUCAAGACGAGCCGACAGGAACUCAAGUUCCAUCAAUGUUUUUUAAUUUUAUCGGAACCAACAUUGAUUGGGGAUACCGUACUGAACCAGAAACUCAAGCUUGUCUUAACGAAAACGAACGAAGAUGUUCCUGGCCUCGUGGAAAAGUUCUUGGUGGAACAUCUGUACUCAAUGGAAUGAUGUAUAUGAGAGGAUCAAGAAAAGACUACGAUGAUUGGGCUGCAAUGGGUAACGAAGGAUGGAGCUACAAUGAAGUAUUACCGCAUUUUCUGAAAAGUGAGGAUAAUAAACAAAUGGAUCAAGUUGACAUUGGUUACCAUUCGAAAGGUGGUCUUUUAUCAGUUUCGCAAUUUCCUUAUCAUCCACCUCUAUCAAAGUCUAUUUUGAAGGCUGCUCAAGAACUAGGUUAUCCCAUCCGAGAUCUAAAUGGCAGGUAUCACACCGGAUUCAAUAUAGCUCAGACUACAAAUAGAAAUGGUUCUCGAUUGAGUACAGCCAAGGCAUUCUUGAGACCGUUCAUCCAGAGAAGCAAUCUGCAUAUUCUAUUGAAUACAACUGUGACGAAAGUACUUCUAAAUUCUACAUCAAAACAAGCUUAUGGAGUAGAAAUACUACGUGGAAAUACCCGAAACUCUAUAUAUGUUACCAAAGAAGUUAUUGUAUCAGGAGGAGCUGUAAAUUCACCACAACUUCUUUUACUAUCUGGUAUUGGACCUAAGGAAGAGCUUGAGACAGUUAAAAUUCCUGUUAUUCAUGACUUACCAGGAGUUGGUAAGAAUCUUCAAAAUCAUGUGGCAUUCAAUGUGAAUUUCUUCAUCAAUGAUACUAAUACAGCAGUUUUGAAUUGGGCUACCGCAAUGGAAUAUUUGCUCUUCAGGGAUGGGUUGAUGAGUGGAACUGGAAUAUCUGAGGUAACUGGAUUCAUUAAUACAAAAUAUCAAGAUCCAAUGGAAGAUCACCCUGAUAUACAAUUUUUCUUUGGAGGAUUUUUAGCAAACUGUGCCCGAACGGGACAAGUAGGAGAGCGACUAGAUAAUAAUUCUAGGUCUAUACAAAUUAUUCCCGCUGUUCUACAUCCGAAAAGUAGAGGUUCACUACGAUUGAGAGAUAACAACCCUUUGAGUCCACCUCUUAUUUUCGCCAACUACUUCACUCAUCCAGAUGAUGUGAAAGUUAUGAUAGAAGGGAUUAAAGUGGCAUUGAGGUUAUCAGAAACCAAAGCUUUAAGAAGAUAUGGUAUACAAUUGGAUAGAACUCCUGUACGAGGAUGUGAAAGGUUGACAUUUGGAUCUGAUAAUUAUUGGGAAUGUGCUGCUAAGCAACAAACAGGACCAGAGAAUCAUCAAGCUGGGAGUUGUAAAAUGGGGCCAUCUACCGAUCCAUUAGCUGUUGUCAAUCCUUCUUUGCAGGUGCACGGCAUAGAUGGACUACGAGUGAUUGACGCUAGCAUAAUGCCCAAAGUAACGUCAGGCAACACAAACGCUCCUUGUAUAAUGAUAGCUGAGAAAGGAUCCGAUGCAAUAAAAUCGAAAUGGUUGACACCAGAAGCUGGAUACUUCUAUUCCAAUAUACCAAAUCAAAGGAAUUAUAGGAAUGAUAGAAAUUGGAAGUCGUGGUAGAAGUUUUUUUUGUAAAUAUCUACAUAAAUAUGUAAUUUAUAUUAGAAUUAAGUUCAAUCUAUGAAUUGAAUAGAUAUAAAUAUAUUGAAAUGUCAGUUUAGUAUUUUGUAUAUAACUCCAAAUAAAUAAAUAUGUAUUUA